CCGCACAUCCACUGCACACUGCUUCUCCGCGAGUCAACAGUAGACAAGUGUAGAGCAACGCGAGAGGAACAGUAUUGUAAGAAAACGAGCGCUUUCCUCGACGAGACUUCUUUGUGAAGCUCCUCUUUCUGCCGGCGGCGCCCCCUGCAGUUGUGGAUGUGGUAUGACCCUGUGUGGCAGGAAGGUGUUGACAGUGCUGAGCAGCGUGUUCGCUGUGUGCGCCCUGGGCCUGCUGGGCAUUGCUGUCAGUACUGACUACUGGCUCUAUCUGGAGGAGGGCGUCAUCCUGCCCCUCAACCAGAGUACCGAGUUACGCAUGUCCCUGCACUCGGGCCUCUGGAGGGUCUGCUUCACAGCUGGAGAUGAGAAGGGCCGUUGUUUCACCAUUCAGUAUGUGAUGCCCACCAACGUGCAGCUGACCUCUGAGUCUACAGUUAGUGUGCUGAAGAUGAUCCGUUCAGCCACCCCCUUCCCCCUGGUUAGUCUCUUCUUCUUGUUCAUCGGUUUUGUCCUGAGUAACAUCGGACACAUCCGGCCCCACCGCACCAUCCUGGCCUUCAUCUCCGGAAUCUUCUUCAUCCUCUCAGGUACAUGA